CAAGAUGUGGCUUUGGCUCUGGCUGCUCCUCGCCGCGCAGCGGGAAGCUCUCCAGGGCAUCUCUGCAUUCCAGCCGACCUCCGAGGACCGAACGGUUCAGACCAACACAAACGUGCUGCUAUCCUGUGAAGCCAGAACCAUCACCGCUAACAUGCCCAUCUACUGGCUGAGAUGGCGCCGGGACCUAAGUAUGGACAGUCACUAUGAGUUCCUGGCCUGCUGGGAUCCUACAAAACUUACGACUGUGUAUGGCAAGGAUAUGGAGCAGAAGCUAAAUGUGAGUCAGCGGGCAACCCAGUCCGCUGUCACUCUCAGAAGAGUGAAGCCUGCGGACAGUGGUGUCUACCUCUGCAUGACCGUCGGGACCCCUGAGCUGUCCUUCUGGAAGAGAAUUCAGCUGAGUGUGGUUGAUGUCUUGCCCACAACUGCCCAGCCCACCACGAAGUCCACCCCUAAGAAGAUAAGAUGCCGGUCCCCAAGCCUGGUGACUCCGAAGGGCCCGCCUUGUGGCCCCCUUAUCCUUGGCCUGCUGCUGACCGGCACCCUGAUUCUGCUGGUGUCCUUGGGUGUAGCCAUUCACAUAUGCUGCCUGCGGCGGAGAGCCCGGCUUCGCUUCAUGAAGCAGUUUUAUAAAUGAGAAGAGAACAUGCUUCUGGUGUCCUGCUACAAAAGUACGUUGGUCGGGAAUGAGGGCGAUCAGGACAAAGGAGAGAGAAGGGACACACUGAAUGGAAAUUUCACUGACCUGCUGGAGCUGCCUGCUUUUAACUCCUGCAAGUUCUUUCUGUGGGCCUCGUGCAUGGGAGCAACUUGUUAGGUGGUCGCCUGGCCUCAGAGCCCGGGGCACUUCGUGCACCGGGGGCCACACUGGAGCACUGAGUAGAAAUGCCGCCCAUACCGUUUCCUGCUCGCGUACUUGCCCUGGGCUGGGACCUUGGGUGUUGGCCGUCCAGCCACCAUCUGCAAGUUGUUUUGCCCUGGUAGGGCCGUGACAGGGGGUCCUGAGUCAUGGGACAGUGCUGGAAUGGCUUUCCCUUUUCUUCCCAAGGACCAGAUCCGUCUGGAGAAGGAAGCUUCCAGGAGGGCUGGCCUGGCUCUCACAUCGUGCCAGUGUCUGAGGACCUCUGGGGCUGGGAGCUUUGGUUUGGGAUGCAGGAGGUCACUUCACCUCCCAUUAGGAAUUUCCGUGGCUUUCCACUCCACCUUCUAAUGGCUUGUAUAUUUCUUCUCUCACUUUCUGUUCUUUUUAUCAAAAGGCCUUGGUUGUAAGAAUAAAGUCAUAGUAAAAAAUGUAAA